AUGCGCGUGGGGCCCGGGGAGGGCUCCUCUGGCGCCCCUUGCAAGCCCCCUUUGCAAGGCUGCCCGUGUGUCCUUACUCGUUACUUUGCUUUAUCAUAUACCUAGCUGUCUAGCCAUCCCUGUGUCCUUCCAUGCCUUGUGCACCCCCGCUGUAUGGCCCACUGCUCAUCCCAACCGAGUUGGGGUGUUGGGAGGCGGGGCGCUGCUAACUCGUCCCUCUCCAGGCCUGGGCAGUAGCAGAGUGUUGCUGGAAUGGCUCGGACUUUGGAGUCCAGGAAUCUUGAGCUGGAAUCCCCGCUGUGGCCUUUCUUUGCUGUGUGACUUUGGACGCCUCGCUGAAUCUCCACUUUGCUUCUUCCUUUGCAAAAGGAAAAUUUCAUUCAGCGAAUCGUUAAGACGCUCCAAAGACGCCACGCUAGGCGCUUUGAUGAGCACAUUGGCUCCACGUGAGAAAAGACCCCUGUCCUCUUGGAGGUUGCUUUCAGGGGGGAAAAAGGCAAUGCACGGAUUUUUUUAAAGUGAUAACUCAGACAGCGGUAACUGCAGCGAAGAAAGUAAGGUUGGAAUCGCCUUUAGCCAAGGCCAAGUUUUGCAACAAGCCUUUGUUCCUCUGCCCAGAUGUCCAGGAUAACAUCCACUAUGGUCUCCAAGGACAUGAUUUACAACAAGAACAUCCUGGAGUCCACGGACAAUAGUUCUACUUCAGUCAUUGAAGAAAAAAAGGAAAAACGCAGGAACACAGUGCCCGAGAUUGUUCCUGACCAUGCGGCUAAUCCUUUCCACAUGUCUGGAGACGUGGAUUUCUUCUUGCUCAGAGAUCAGGAGCGGAAUAAGUCUCGCCUAGAGCGGGAGCAGAAGAAGACGCUGCGGAUGCACCAAAAGAUGACCUACGCGUCCAAAGUGUUGGCCAAGCACACCAGCCUGCGUCGCGAGCUGCAGCUGGAGGACGAGAUGCAGGACCAGGAGGUGCGCGCCGAGGCGGAGCGGCUGCGCGCCUUCCACGACAACACGGCGUGGAAGCUCUCCAUGACCAAAGAAAAGAAGAUGGAAUCUGAUAACCUGAACAACUACAUCAACCAGAAGCGCCAGAUGUUCCGUAUCCAGUACGCCCUGGACAUGAAGCAGCAGGAGAUCCAGCGGCUGGAGCUGCUGGUGACCAAGGAGGAGGCAGAGCUGGAGCGGGCAGAAAGGUCCCUGGAGAAUGACGCCGCCCUGUUCGAGGAGUUCCUCCGGGAGAAUGAUCGGAGCUCGGUGCAGGCCCUGAAAGCGGCUGAGAAGGAGACCAAAGCAAAGGUGGAGAAGAUCUUGGAAAUCCGGGACCUGACCACCCAGAUCAUGAACAUCAAAAGCGAGAUCUCCAAAUUUGAAGACACUUUGCAGCAUUACAAGGCCUACAAGGACUUCCUGUACAAGCUGUCACCCAAGGAGUGGUUGGAAGAGAGGGAGGAGAAGCGUUUGGCUCUCAAAAAGGCCAAGGAGGUCACUGAGCCCCCCAUAGAGAACACUUUACACUCCACGAUCCGGGACAAAGGACCAGGGACCAAGGGCAAGACAGGCUCCAGAGAGGGGCAGGGCCCAAAGAAGUCCUGGAAGUUCCUGCAGGUGGCGCAGCUGGGGCAGAUCCUGUCCAGCACCCUGAACCUCCAGCAUAGAAGCCAGGCCAGUGUGUAUAGUGGGCUGAACGCCAAAGGGUCAGACUCUACCACCACUAUGACUGAGGACUCAGGCAGCGACGGGGAGGAGCUGGACCUAUACUUCACGGAGCCCCAGCAGCUCCUGGACAUCUUCACGAAGCUAGAGGAGCAGAACCUGUCGCUCAUCCAGAACACGCAGGAGAUGGAGGAGACCCUGGAGGAUCUGAACUGCACCCUGAAAAACACCCAGAUCCGCAUGGACAGGGAAGUCAACCAGCUGAAGCAGUGGGUCAACACGCUGAUGACGUCCAUCGCCAAGGAAGAGGAGACAGUGGCCGAGCUGCAGCUCAAAGCUCGAGUGUUCCACUUCGGCGAGUACAAGGGCGCUCAGGAGGACAAGCUUCUGGAAAGCCUGAACCACAAGGUGCUGGACGUGUACCGGCACUGCAUUGGCACCCAGCAGGAGUCCAACCUGGGCACUGUGCAGAUGCUCACCAUCAUCGAGCACUACCUGAACGAGCUGCUCGAACACCUAGAGCAUGUACCCCAGGUCAAGAUCGAGCAGGCUGAGAAGGCCAAGGAGAAGGAGCGCCGCAUGAGACUCCGGGAAGAGAAGGUGCUGAUGCAGAAGCAGCUGCAGGAGGAGCGUCUGCAACGGGCCCAGGCUCGGGCCCAGGCAGAGAUCAAGAAGAAGAGAGGCAGGAGGCUGGUGUGUCGCUCCCAGCUCCCAGUCCUGAAAAUAAAGGUGGAGCCUGAGCACGUGCUGAUGGACAAGGACAAGGAGGAGCAGCUGCUGUUCUUCACCUAGCCCUCCGGCGCUGGCCGGCCCCUCUGCCCACAGCACAGCAACAGCAGCAGCAGGAAGCCCGGGCAGGGCAGGGCAGGGCAGGGCGGUCGGCUGGACGUGGCUGGCGCAGGAUCGCCGUGCCCCCCCCCCCCCCCCCGCCGUGGUCUCCCGCUGUGUUCCCUUACCUGUGUGAAAUAAACUCUUCCUCUCUGGUGUCUUGA